AAUCCGACAGAUCCUUUCUUCGCUCAAUGCCGCCAACACACUGAUAAAACCGUAGCCAGGCAGCGCAGACGAAAUUUCUUGGCUGCCGUCAGCCAAACUAAAAAGGCCCGUGCCUCUCGGGCUUCUGUUGCACAAACAAAAACUGCAUCUGUUUUACCUCUGACAGCUGAAGAUUCUUUGGCCAAAGCAUCUGCUGGCAUUCCAUUGCUGGCCGGGCUCGAUGGGCGUGCUCAUCGCAAGCUCGAAUUCUAUCGUCUUUUAGACAGACAAAUAAAGCGGUCCCGUGAGAAGCCAUAUGUACCCUCUUCCAAGGCCAAUCUCUUCUUGGAAAAUUCUCCCAUCGCCAUGCGUCAGUUUAUCAGCAAAGCCAGCCAGCUCCAUCUUCCACUUGAUUUAACAGGACAAACAAGCUCAUCUGAAGCUGGCAAGGCAACUCCACUUGGCUACCCGACCUUCACCCCAGAGUUUGUCUCCUGUUUUUACGGUUAG